UGUAUGCAUUUAAAUUAAUAAAAUAUUAUUUUUUUAUGUGUAGCAACAAUUUUAAUUAUUAUCUUCAUAUUCUACUAACGAAAACACGUAGGAGUAGAACUUUUUCAUUUAUAGUCUUUUUUUCUGGAUUAUAGUAGUUCUAAAAUGAGUGUAAUUACUGAGUCCGAGAAAAAACGCUUGCAAUCCUUGAAGGAGAAGAAACAGGCAUUCAAAGCAAAGGGACAAUUUAUACAGCAAGCAUUAAAGAACUUAGAUAAUACUACAAACAAUAAAAAAAUUAUAUUUGAUGAUGUUAAUGAACAGCAAGACAUAAAACAAAAGGAAAAAACCAAGAGAGAUUUGUUUGACAGUGACGAUGACAAUAACAAUGAAAAGAAUUUUUUAUGGAAUGAAGAUGAAUUUAAAGUUAAGAAACGUAAAAAGAUUACUCUUGGAAAUGAUGCACGUUUUACACUGGAUGAUCGUUUCACAGAAGAAGAUAAUCAGACCAAAGAAAGUAAAGUUGUUGAGGAUACCGAUGAGUGUAAUUUGCAGAAGGAGAAGGAAAAACAAUUGGAUAUUUUAGAGGGCAUUUUAGGAACACCACUUACUAUAAAAAAUCCAGAAAUGAAAUCUAUUAAGAAAGAAUUGAUGAUACGAUAUGAUCCAACUGAAAAUGGACACUGUGAAUAUGAAGUGAAACCUAUUCAAUCAGAAACUAAGGAGAAAAAAAAGAAAUGUAAUAAAUUCAUGCCAGAAAUGACAGAUCCUGCAAUUCCCGAACCAGAAGUGUCAAAGGAUAUUUAUUAUACUGUAUCUGAUACUCUGACAGAAAGCUUGAAACAGAAAGGAGAAUUUAGUUUAUUAAAAUUACAUGGAAAGGAAAGAGAUGACACAGAAAAUAUCAAGGAUAAUGAUACAUCCACAGUGGAAAAUAUUAAAACCCAACAUUUUAAAUUUAAUUUUAAUGCAAAUAAUGCAUUUAAAUAUGAUUCAUCUGGUGAAGAGAAUACACCUGAAGCACCAGAUAUAAAUAAUCAAAUGGUUGAUGAAACUAAAGAAGACAUUCAAGAAAAUAUCCCAUUUGGCCAUAAAGAUACUCUAUUUUUUGAUAGCAAUGAUGUAAGAUUUAAUGAAGCUGUAAAAUUCUUCAGUACAGAAGCUGCUUCAAAUGAUACACUUAACAAUUUAAGACGUGAAUUAAAAACAAUUGUACGUAUGAAAAUUCGUAAUAACAUAAGGAGACAUCAGCCCUAUGGUAAGAAAAGAAAAAUAAAAAAAUCUCAAUAGUA